AUGGUGGGGCCGGACGAUGGCGGAGCUCCGGGCGGUGCGGCCGUGCUUCCCGCGGGCCGGCAGGAGGCGGCGGCGGAGGAGGAGGCGGAGGAGGAGGACGGGGAGCGGGAUGGGAGCCGGGGCCUGAGCCGCGGGAGCGGCGUGCCGGCGGCGGGGCGGGAGCGGCUGCUGCAGCGGUACCUGGCGGCGCUGGGCCCGGCGGCGGGCGGGCGGCGCUGCCCCGAGAAGGCCGCCAACGGGGCCGCCUGCGCCGUGGGGCCCCGCGGGAGGAUGACCAACGGGGACGCCGGCUUCCUGCUGCCGGGCGGGCCGCCGCCUCGGGAGGAGGGCGAGGAAGAGGAAGCGAAGCUGCACAACGGGGGCUUCCUCCUCUGCCCGCCUGGCCCGGGGGGCGGCACCGCCGCGGGCGCGGCGUUGGAGGAGCCGCUGCGGAGCUGCUGCCUGCGGGGCGAGGCGGGAGGCAGCCCCCCCAGCGGCCCCGCCGCCCCCGCCUUCACGGACGUGAGUCUGAACUCUCGCAACACGUACGAAGUAAGCCGCCGCCGCAGUGCCCCGGAGCACCUGCCUCCCGCCCCGGAGCCGCCGCAGGAACCGGCCGAGAGGGCACGGCGGGCGGGCAUCGCCGGUGCCGGGAGCAGCUUGGCCGAGUUCUUCACCAGAAACUUUUUCACUAAAAGGACAAAGGAACUCAAACCUGCUGUCCAGAGUGCUCCUGGCUGGAAGUUGUUUGGAAAAGUGCCCCCCAGGGAAAACCUUCCAAAAGACUCCAAAAUAAUUCAGCAGGAAUAUGAAGCACGGACAGGAAGAAUGUAUAAGCCUCCACCUCCAUCAGCAAGACGUAAAAACAUUGAGUUUGAGCCACUUUCAACUACAGCUUUGAUUCUGGAGGAUCGACCAGCAAAUCUUCCUGCCAAAUCAGUGGAAGAGGCUUUACGUCACCGGCAAGAAUAUGAUGAAAUGGUGGCAGAGGCAAAAAAGCGAGAAAUUAAAGAAGCACAUAAAAGGAAGAAAAUAAUGAGAGAGCGUUUCAAGCAAGAAGACAAUAUUGCUAGUGCUAUGGUGAUUUGGGUCAAUGAAAUACUACCUAACUGGGAAGGCAUGCGUGCUACCCGGAGAGUUCGAGAGCUGUGGUGGCAGGGAUUACCACCAAGUGUUCGUGGGAAGGUGUGGAGUCUAGCAGUGGGAAAUGAGUUAAAUAUCACUCCUGAACUCUAUGAAAUCUUCUUAUCUAGAGCUAAAGAACGAUGGAAAAGCUUCAGUGAAACAAAUUCUGAGAAUGAUGUAGAAGAUGUUAGUGCAUCUGUUGCUGAUCGUGAGGCCAGCCUGGAGCUAAUUAAGUUGGAUAUAUCACGCACAUUUCCAUCCCUGUAUAUUUUCCAGAAGGGUGGUCCCUAUCAUGAUCUCCUGCAUAGUGUUUUAGGAGCAUAUACAUGUUACAGACCAGAUGUGGGAUAUGUACAAGGGAUGUCCUUCAUUGCUGCUGUGCUCAUUCUCAAUCUGGAAGAGGCAGAUGCUUUCAUUGCCUUUGCUAACCUUCUAAACAAGCCAUGCCAGCUGGCCUUUUUCCGUGUGGAUCACAGCAUGAUGCUGAAGUACUUUGCAGCCUUUGAAGUAUUCUUUGAAGAAAAUCUUCCCAAAUUGUUUCUUCAUUUCAAAUCAUACAGUCUCACUCCAGACAUAUAUUUGAUAGACUGGAUUUUUACGCUCUACAGCAAGUCAUUGCCACUUGAUCUGGCCUGUCGUGUCUGGGAUGUUUUCUGUAGAGAUGGGGAAGAAUUUUUGUUUAGGACGGGGUUAGGAAUCCUUCGGUUAUAUGAAGAUAUUCUCCUACAGAUGGACUUUAUUCAUAUAGCACAGUUUCUAACAAAACUUCCAGAAGAUAUUACAUCAGAAAAACUUUUUAGUUGUAUUGCAGCUAUUCAGAUGCAGAAUAGUAACAAAAAAUGGGCACAGGUGUUUGCCUCGCUUAUGAAGGACAACAAAGAAGGGGACAAGAACCACAGCCCAGCACUGAAAAGCUAAUCAUUGUAACGUUGAGGUCAAUUGAAAAUGUGGAAAACCACUUGAUGACGAAGGACUUCUCACAUCACUUCUAUGUGGAAAAUCACUGUAGAAAGUGUGAAAAGUGAGAGAAAAAUGAUACAGCUCUCAGUGGAGUAAUGAACUGAUGAAAUCUUCGCCCUUUUGUCAGUAUUAGCUUUUUUGAUGGGAAGAUUUGUUUUCACAUAGAAUACUAAAACCUAUGAGACUGAGAAGUAGGGGAGUUCAUAUUUAAUACUUUAAAAGAAUCAGCUCAAUGCAAUAAACAUUUCUAGUAACUUCUGUUGGUACUUUAAAAAAAACAAUUUUUGAGGCAUAACUUUUUUUUACAAAUACCACAAAGGCACUUUUUUGGGGGGACGAGGGAAAUGCUGAAUCUGAAAGGCUCCAAAACUGCUAUCCAAACCAAAUGCUUUGGUACAAAUAUUACCUCCAAAAUGAACCAUUUAAAAGUAUUAAGGACCAAAUAAGGUUGUUUGGUAUGUUUAUGUGCAAGAUGGUUACGAUUUUGAGAAGGGGUAUUGUCUUACUUACUUGUUUUGUUUUUUUUUUUUUUUUAAGUUGCAGCUUCAUUCUUCAGUCUGGGCAAAUGUAAUUAACUCAGGAACCGUAGAAGUAUUGUGCCCAAGCCUGUUAGAGCAAAAAUCACGCAAACUUUAAACAGUGGUAAGACCAGGGCUAUUAUUUUCAGAUGUACGGCUUUCAAAAUGAGUGGUGUUAAGCAUUUGUUUUGGUGUACUGGUUGUGCAGCUUCUUAAAAAUGGGGUGGGUAUUCUGUGAAAGGGUUUUGCCACCAGCAGUUUUAUUUUGUUGAGCCAUUGUUAGUUAAGAUACACUAGUAUGUAAUGGUAAACACUACAAGCUGAUGAACUAUCUGCAGAAUUUGUGUUGGUUUUUAACACUUGAGAGUCAUGGAGACACUUCAGAAUAAUGCAGAGUAUUUCUUGAAACUCUCUUAUUAGCGUGCAAUACUGAAAGCUGAAAGGCAUAUGGUUUAGAGAUUCUUAAUUCUUUAACAUCGCUUAGCUGUGAGAAAUGAGGUCAUGCUGUACGUGUCACAGUGGCUGUUUUCAAUGCUUUCUACUCUUGAAGAUACUGUACAACAACUUCAUGUUUGUGGGGGUUAGAAAUAUAAAAUGGAUAGCACUGCAGGUGAGGAGCACUUGCACUCUUUGGUCCAUUUUUUGCUAAUAUUUACUGUAAAUAAAUUCCUUACAUGUGGGUUUUUGUAACUGGUCCCUCUGUGGAAAUCAAGUCCAAAUUACCAUUAUUAUGUAUUUUUAAGUGCGGGAGGCUCUCGGUUGUCUGGUGUUUAAAGCAGAGUCUGCAUAAUUGGGGUGAAGAUUUAGUGUGGUGUAAUUACAUUGCUAUCUGGUUUAAAACUACGUAUAUACUAUUCAUAACAUUACAAUUUGAAAUCUAAAUGUCAGAUUUUUUCUUAACUUAUGUAUUCACUACUUUAAUCGGAUCCAAUUUGUCUUAUAUUUUUGCGUUAUCUUGUACAGUUUUCUUACUUUUCAAGUAUAAAUCUGUAUAUAACUGUAAAUAGAAGGGACGAAGCCUUCCUUUAAGACCACUAGUAACAAUUCCUGUGUAAAUAAAACUUACAGCAGAAAUGCA